CCUUGUGGUCAAAUUUACAGCAAUCCCCUCUGACACACCCAUUGUCUGAGAAAACCUGCAGCUGGAGAUCAUCAGCCCUGUACAGUAAACACUGCAAAGGACUGUCAUUCCACAAAGUGGUUAAAUACUGAACAUGAAGCUCCUGCUGGUUUUCCUGGCCUGUCUGGCAACUGCUUUUAGUGCAGCAGUGAAGCGUCAAGAAUGCACUACGAGUGCUGACUGCCAGAGCAAUGAAUGCUGUGCCUUAGAGCCUAACCCCUUCAUGGUCAGCAAGAGGGAGCUGCAGCCUGUGCCACAGCCUAUUGAGCUCUGGAAACCUAAAAAGUACUGCUACUCCUACAUACAAGAGAAUGAGUGGUGUGGUGGCUUUCAAACAACCUGUGGCUGUGCCUCUGGACUAAGCUGCCAGGAUGUGUUUAAACCAAUAAACCUUGUCCCCAUUCAAGAAGUCUCCAAGAGAGAUAUCCGCCCUGGGGACUGGCGCUGCACUAAAGUACAACAGUAAAACGACCUGAUCUAACAGUAUAUUUAUGAUUAUUGGCACUGUUGGACAUAAACAUUGAACUGUUCUUGAUGUAAAACUAAAUAGUGAAAAUAAAUUUCAAAUUCA